AUGCUUCAACAUCGACGGGACAUAGCAACUACUCACUACACGCAAGACGCCGCCGCCGGCGGCCGAGCCCCCGUAGCGAGAGAAGACCCAAGGACACCUCGGAACAACGAGCAGGUCGACCCUCCACCACAGGACGACAAAGCUGCACAGCUUGCACAAUUGCGGGAGCUCAAGGCCAAGCUCGACGAGGAUCGCGAAUGCCUCGUCCAACUCGAGCGGGCCCUCGAGCAGGACCGACUGUACCCGCACGGCGGAGGCGCGCGUGGUCGUGCUCGAGAAGUGUACCGACAAAUCGCGGAGACGAGGAGCCAGAGCCGCUCGUUGAAGCAGACGCUUAAGCAGGCCCAGCCUUCGAUGGCGAAAAGGCUCAAGGUGGGGGCGGCCUCCAAGGAAUCAGGCUCCUCCAAGCCUCGACCGCCGACUAGCACCGAGAACACCCCGCCCCGUCCCCUGGUGGGUGAGUCUGCCCCAUCGUCACCAAAGCGGGCCGAGAGGAGGAAAGAGGAGAGAGAGCGUGAGCAGAAGAUGCGGCAUCAGCCGCAAGAGGAAAAGCAGUUGUUGCCGACGGGGGGAGAGGUGGGGCAGCCGUCAGUAGGUCCCCAGCUCGAGGAGCUGCUGGAGCAGGACCGUCGCCAGGGGCCGCAGGAGCCCCAGGGGCAGCGGCAGGAGACGGGCCAGCAAUCGGAGGAACUGCUCGAGCCUCCCCCUCACAGUCCGCCCCAACCGGGCUCAAAGAUGAGCUGCUGGCCGCCCAAGUCGAGGCCCGUUCCAUCAAGACUCAACUCGAGGGGGAGGUCGCCUUGA